AUGUCCACAACCACGAAUCCCGACCCCGACGCCUCGGCCCCGGCCUUCAUCCCGCUCGAGGCGAACCCGCAGCUCCUGACGGCGCUGAUCCACAAGCUCGGCGUGUCGCCCGCGCUGCAGUUCCACGACGUCUACUCGCUGACGGAGCCGGAGCUGCUGGCCUUUAUCCCGCGCCCGGCGCUGGCGCUGCUGCUGGUGUUCCCCGUGUCGGCCGUCUACGAGAGCCAGCGGAUGGCGGAGGACAGCCUGGCGGACGAGUAUGGCGGGACGGGCGAGGGGGAGCCGGUGCUGUGGUGGAAGCAGACGAUUCGGAAUGCGUGUGGACUGAUGGGGUUGCUGCAUGCGGUUUCGAAUGGGCCGGCGAGGGAGUUUAUCACUGAGGGAUCGAUCCUGGACGACCUCAUCAAGAAGAGCAUCCCCUUGCCCCCCGCCCAACGCUCGGCCCUGCUCGAAAAGACGCCCGCCCUGGCCGAUGCGCACAAGGCCGCUGCCACGGAGGGAGACACCCCCGCGCCGGACGCCCAAGACGAUGUUGACCUGCACUAUGUGUGCUUUGUCAAGGGGAAAGAUGGCGGGCUGUGGGAGCUUGACGGACGAAGGAAGGGGCCUAUUCGGAGGGGCGACCUGAACAAGGAUGAGGAUGUGCUGAGUGAGAAGGGGUUGAGCUUGGGGGCGUUGAAGUUUUUGGAGAGGGAGGGGGGUGAUUUGCGGUUCAGUGCUGUUGCGCUGGCUGGGACGUUGGAUUGA